CACCCCUCCCCCCUCUGCCCAGCGCAAAGCACAAGGCUCGAGUGCGGAGUGAAGCGGAAAAAAAGUGCGAGAGAGAGGGUGAGAGAAAGAGAAAAUAAAAACCACGGCUCCCGUCGUUCACGUCAAAGAUUCGGCUCUAAGAGCCAUUUCGUUCGCGACCGACACAUCACUAUUCUGAAGCAGUGUGUUGAUCUUUUUGGCACACGCACCAGAGCGUCAGCUUCAAGCGGACCAUCACUACCUCUCACGUCUAAAGCUGAUCAGCAGGAGGAGAAGAGUCUGACGGAGCAGCAGAGGAACAUUUUCAGCUACUUGGACUCAGCUCAGCCACUACAGAGAAAACAAUGAGCUCAACACAGAAGGACCAACAUGGACCAAGAAGUCAGCGCUCUCAGGAGGCCGACAAACCUCACAGAAGAAAGAGAGAGAAAACAUACAGCUGUGACGAGUGUGGGAAGGAUUUUGCUGUGAAGGCUAAACUAAAACAGCAUCAGGUCAUCCACACUGUAGAGAGACCGUUCAGCUGUGACUUGUGUGGAAAGUCUUUUUCCACGAAGGAUUACCUAAAAAAACACCAACUCAUCCACAGUGGAGUUAAAGCGUACAGCUGUGAUCAGUGUGGCAGAGCUUUUACUCACAGUAGCAGCUUACAGAGACAUCUAGUUACCCACUCUGGAAUUAAGGCAUACAGCUGUGAUCAGUGUGGAAAGUCUUUUUCCAGGAAGGGUCACCUAAAACUACACCAGCUCAUCCACAGUGGAGUUAAAGCAUACAGCUGUGACGAGUGUGGCAGAGCUUUUACUCGCAGUAGCAGCUUACAGAGUCAUCUAGUUACCCACUCUGGAAUUAAGGCAUACAACUGUGACUUGUGUGGAAAGUCUUUUUCCAGCAAGGGUUACCUAAAACAACACCAUCUCAUCCACAGUGGAGUUAAAGCGUACAGCUGUGAUCAGUGUGGCAGAGCUUUUACUCACAGUAGCAGCUUACAGAGUCAUCUAGUUACCCACUCUGGAAUUAAGGCAUACAGCUGUGACGAGUGUGGGAAGGAUUUUGCUAUGAAGGCUAACCUAAAACUUCAUCAGGUCAUCCACACUGGAGAGAGACCGUUCAGCUGUGACUUGUGUGGAAAGUCUUUUUCCUUGAAGAGUUCCCUAAAAAAACACCAACUCAUCCACAGUGGAGUUAAAGCGUACAGCUGUGAUCAGUGUGGCAAAGCUUUUACUCGCAGUAGCAGCUUAAAGAAUCAUUUACUUACCCACUCUGGAAUUAAGGCAUACAGCUGUGACGAGUGUGGGAAGGAGUUUGCUGUAAAGGCUAAACUAAAACUUCAUCAGGUCAUCCACACUGGAGAGAGACCGUUCAGCUGUGACUUGUGUGGAAAGUCUUUUUCCUUGAAGAGUUCCCUAAAAAAACACCAACUCAUCCACAGUGGAGUUAAAGCGUACAGCUGUGAUCAGUGUGGCAGAGUUUUUACUCACAGUAGCAGCUUAAAGACUCAUUUACUUAUCCACUCUGGAAUUAAGGCAUACAGCUGUGACGAGUGUGGGAAGGAGUUUACUGAGAAGGCUAAACUAAAACUUCAUCAGGUCAUCCACACUGGAGAGAGACCGUUCAGCUGUGACUUGUGUGGAAAGUCUUUUUCCAGGAAGGAUUCCCUAAAACAACACCAACUCAUCCACAGUGGAGUUAAAGCGUACAGCUGUGAUCAGUGUGGCAGAGCUUUUACUCACAGUGGCAGCUUACAGAGUCAUUUACUUACCCACUCUGGAAUUAAGGCAUACAGCUGUGACGAGUGUGGGAAGGAUUUUGCUAUGAAGGCUAAACUAAAACUUCAUCAGCUCAUCCACAGUGGAGAGAGACCGUUCAGCUGUGACUUGUGUGGAAAGUCUUUUUCCAGGAAGUCUCACCUAAAACAACACCAACUCAUCCACAGUGGAGUUAAAGCGUACAGCUGUGAUCAGUGUGGCAAAGCUUUUACUCACAGUAGCAGCUUAAAGAAUCAUUUACUUACCCACUCUGGAAUUAAGGCAUACAGCUGUGACGAGUGUGGGAAGGAGUUUACUGAGAAGGCUAAACUAAAACAGCAUCAGGUCAUCCACACUGGAGAGAGACCGUUCAGUUGUGACUUGUGUGGAAAGUCUUUUUCCUUGAAGAUUUCCCUAAAACGACACCAACUCAUCCACAGUGGAGUUAAAGCGUACAGCUGUGAUCAGUGUGGCAGAGCUUUUACUCAAAGGGGUCACUUACAGAGGCAUCUAGUUACCCACUCUGGAAUUAAGGCAUACAGCUGUGACAUCUGUGGAAAAACUUUCAGCCAGAGAGGGCACCGAAAUACACACCUACGCAUUCACACCAGACAUGAUGUGUACUGCUGUGAACAAUGUAGCAAAGAGUUUACAACAGACGAAAAGUUACAACGACACAUGUUUACCCACACUGAGGGACGACCUUAUAAAUGUGACCUGUGUGAGAAGACUUUUAAAUCUCCACAUUACCUGAGACGACACCAACAGAUCCACACCAGAAAGAGACUCUACAAGUGCAGUUACUGUGAGAAGCAGAGCGACACAGAAGGAUCCAGUUCUCAACCCUGUCAUCACUGUGGUGGUGGGAAAGACUUUCGUUGUGACCUCUGUGGGAAAACUUUCAGUUGCCAAGCUGACCUAAAAACACAUCAACACAGACACACUGGAGACAAACUGAAAUACUGCAAAGAAUGUGGGAGAAGCUUCACCACAUCACGUGACUUAAAACGACAUGAACUGAUUCACAGUGGGGUUAAACAGCACCUCUGUGAUCAGUGUGGGUCAUCCUUCACCACUGCAGGUGACCUUAAAACACACAAACGAGUCCACACAGGAGAGAAACCACACAAGCACACACAACCACACAAACAUCAGCGUGAUCACUCAGGGCUGAAAUCUCUCCCGUCACUGGAUCACAGUGAAUCUGAAGAGACAGAAAGAUCCUCUGGUUUCAGAGUCAGACUCAAAAAGCUUGAGAUCAGGCUCCACAGAGUUCAGAUAGAAUCAUUUAAACUUGUGUUGAACUGAACUGGUUGCUGGGCUGAACUUCUACAUAAUACAGAUGCACAUGGGAUCUUAUUUUCUGUCGUUUUACUGAGUCAGUUUUGUCCUUUUUUCUCUCUCCUGGUUUUGCUCGUCUGUAAAUAAUUGAAACUCAUGUUUAACCUUUAAAACUCUGACAUGCUUUAGCACACAAGGCUUCAUCGGGGAGUUCACUCAUGAUUGGACCAUGAGAAUAAAGGUUUUUAGUUCUUUCAAAGAGAGUCUUGGAGGUGUUUGAUGUUUUUGUUUUUUCUGAAACCACCUGAAAGAAAAACUAUUUUUCUUGCUUUAUGUAGUGUGGAAGUUGUUAAUGUUUCUUUCAUC